AUGAUUGAGGUCGAUGGUCAGACGUUUGCUUUAACGACUAGUCAUGGUCCCGAAGACGAAAUCGCCGCAGGAGGUGACAAUGAUGCUCCGUCUUUGGCAGAGCUCAUCAAAAGAUUCGAAGAUGGAGAACCUGAGAGCCCUAGUCUUUCUGAAUCUUCGUCACCGACGAUAUUUCCAGUGUCACAAACGCUUCCAGAAUUUGAUGAAGCUCUUGACACUCCCACCGUUUUAAGACAGCAACAUGUUCCCGCGGAAGACUCUAGCUGUGAGAUUGUGGAGUCCUGGGACCCUCUUGAAGUCUGGGACGAUUGGGAACUUGUUCUUGUUGAACCAGCACACCGGCGACCGAACUUGGUUCUGCAAUCUGAACCACAUGCUGACACGGAAAACACAAAGACAAGAGGAGAAGUUAUCACCUUUGUAGACUUUGACAUUGCGAGCUUCGAUGGAGCCCUGCCUUGGUCUGUUUUGAUCAUUUCGGGUAUGAGUGGCACUAUAGAGGGUUUGCUAUCCUCGAGUCCCUCAUAUACGCUCUUUGGAGGAAACAAGACCCAGGAGUUAUGGAAUGUUAGACUUCUUCAAGGCGAUCUUCAAGCAGGCGACUCCGGUUCCUGGGUCAUUAGAGAGAGUGAUCACUGCCUUCUGGGUAUGGUGAUAGCGCGAUCCGCUGGCUCAGCUUACAUGGUAUCUUUUAAAAGGCUGCGACAAAGCAUUGAGGAGGCCAAGGGGCUGGCACCAAACUCCAUAAGACUACCAACUUUCUCGAGAGGAGGGGUUUUUUCGCGUUCUCAUGCUUGUCCGCAACCAGCAAGCCAAGUCCCUACAGACCUUCCGCUGCAUCGUCAACCUACUUUAUUCACUCGUCUCACCAACGAAGGCGGCAUGUUGGGAUUGCAUGUCCUUCAUACUCUACUUGCAUACGUUAUGCUAUGGUUGCGCUCGAUGAGCAACAUGAUCAGUUUCAAGGAGGACCGGCUGAUCCUAAUCAGAGACAGCAGCGAAACCCAGGCCCGAUUCAAAAGCAGCAGUCACGGCUCACAGCUAAAUUCUUAUACCACGACUCUCUCACCCGCUAACAGCUCUAUCGUUCUCAUAUUUCGGUCUUGUAUCGUGUUUGUUCUCUGGCUCUUUUCUUCCGUUAUGGUUCCCGUGUCGGUUGUGGCCAUCGUAUGUUUUUAUUACUCUCAAGUAUUUGCCCUGGAAAGUAGCGAAGUUGCUAUCGGAUUCUACAUUUGGCUUCACAUGUAUAUGGUCGCCAUCCUUGACACUCUGCUGCCUCUUCCAGCGGACGCCUACAAAGACCACUAUCUCAGCCCGAGGCGGAAUUUUGUCUGUCAAGUCGGAGCUUUCUUGAUGUUUGAGAUCUUAUCAUGCUCCUUAUUUAUCUACAUCUUUGCGGUUGACAUUGGCAUGUGUGGCGAUGCUAGCGAGGUUGAUCGUAAGUCUUCUUUCACGUAG